CCGAGAACUGCCGGUCUAUGCAAGGCAUGGCUGUAAUGUCGUGAAAAGCUUGGCAUCCCUCGAAUACUUGUCAUACUUCUUCGCAUAACUUCCGGCCUCUACAAAGUUCACCUGAGUCGUCUUGGAACUUUCCAGGGAUGCAGUUCCAUUUUGAGCGAAAAGUUAUGAGAUCAUUUAUGUGGGAUAUUUUAAUGAAAUUUGAAUGUUCGGGAAAACGAACGUGACCCAAAUAUAAAGGUGUAGAGUCCCGUGAAACAGCGAAUGGCCGACCGCCGAAUGCAUAUCAGAGGUGUAGCAAUGGAGGUAUGGUAGUCGGGCCAGCGAUUUGUGUACAGGAAUUUCUCGUUGGAUUUACCUACUCUGUGCCAUUUCUAUGAGAGAUCUGGCCUUUUUUUGUUUAUAUGCUCAUUUUUCGUAAUGUUUCGGAAUCAGCUGAUAUGUAGAGGUGAUUUUGGUUUUUGUUGUGACAUUUUGGUAUUGUGUUUAUCGUGACCACUUGUUAUUAAAACGUGUUAUGACAACUUCGUGAACAGACAAAAUGAAGUCUGGUUUAUUCAAGGAUUAUAUCCAUUUUCUUACACAAUUUUACUAAAACAUGCAUUUAAUCAAUUUAUACAGUUAGGUCAAUAAAUUCAUAUUGGCCUAUGAAUUAUUUGUUUUAUGUCGGGUGUGGUGAAAUACAUAGUACAGUUGCCAUGUGAAGUGAGGAAGAAAGACAUGAAAAAUGAAAGUUGGUCCUUUGUUGGUGAAGGGAAGGGAAGGUAAAAAUGGAUUUGGGAAGGGGGGAGGGUGUAGAGAGAGGCUGGAUAAUAUGUUUUUGUUGUGCUCCCAUUGAGGCAGGACAAGUCCUCUUGACUGUUGAGAGCUUUGGAGAUCGGUAUGUCCUGUUUCACGGCCAGAACAGAGACCCACAGAGACUACUUUGUGCAUGUGAGGGGGCUGGAUGUCUUCAGCGUGGAACAGCGAGAAUCUGGGGGACUCCCUCCCCAAAGAUGAUCCGGACAGCCCCGAGGCCAACAACAACGAUGACCUGUCCAAUGAUGCGGAGGGGGUGUGGAGCCCAGACAUUGAACAGAGCUUUCAGGAGGCACUAGCAAUCUAUCCACCCUGCGGGCGACGGAAAAUCAUCCUGUCCGACGAGGGGAAGAUGUACGGUCGAAAUGAGUUAAUUGCUCGUUACAUCAAACUACGGACGGGAAAAACUCGGACACGGAAACAAGUGUCCAGUCAUAUCCAGGUGCUGGCGCGGCGGAAAGCCAAGGAGAUCCAGGCCCAGCUCAAGUCCAUCCCAAUGCAGGAUCAGGCCGCGAAAGACAAGGCUCUCCAGAGUAUGGCAUCCAUGUCAUCGGCUCAGAUCGUGUCCGCUAGUGCUAUCCACAAUAAAGCCCUGGCCCAGGGCAUCCCAAUGCCCAAUGUCAGACCCUCCUACCCAGGGGGACCCAGCGGCUCCCAGUUUUGGCAAAACAACAUGGGACCCCAGGAGGACGUGAAGCCUCAGUUUGGAAACUAUAACCCGGAUGUGAAGCCACCCACAUCAAUGAACAGCGAGUCGGUGUCACCAGCCUGGCAGGGUCGAUCCAUCGCUGGCCCCAAACUACGCCUCGUCGAGUUCUCCGCCUUCCUAGAACAAACCCGCGACCCAGAUACGUUUCACAAGCACCUGUUUGUACACAUUGGUUCUAAUGCCAGCUACUCGGAUCCUCUGUUAGAGGCGGUUGAUAUACGACAGAUCUACGACAAAUUUCCAGAGAAGAAGGGCGGACUCAAAGAAUUGUAUGAUAAAGGCCCACAAUCGGCGUUCUUUCUUGUCAAGUUCUGGGCGGACAUUAACACCAAUGUACAGGACGAGAGUGGGACGUUUUAUGGAGUCACCAGUCAGUAUGAAAGCAAUGAGAAUAUGGCAAUAACUUGCUCCACCAAAGUGUGUUCAUUUGGUAAACAGGUCGUGGAGAAGGUAGAGACGGAGUUUCCUCGAUACGAGAAUGGGCGAUACGUGUACAGAAUAAACCGGUCGCCGAUGUGUGAAUAUAUGAUCAACUUCAUCCACAAACUGAAGCAUCUACCGGAGAAAUACAUGAUGAACAGUGUUCUGGAAAACUUCACCAUUUUACAGGUUGUCAGCAAUAGAGACACCCAGGAAACAUUAAUGUGCAUAUCAUACGUGUUUGAAGUGUCCACCAGUGAACACGGGGCUCAGCAUCACAUAUACAGACUGGUGAAAGACUAACACCCCCACCCCACCCCCCAAAAACACGCUAUAAAUAGCCUCAGCAACUAGUGCCACAAGAUGAAGUCGCUUACAGAAUGUGCCACGUCCCUCUCCUCAUGGCUCUUCCGUCUGAUUGGGCGAUUUUUCCCGCCCCCAUACGCGUCAAAAGUUUUACACACGAGGCAGCUCAGGAACAGAACUGCUUACAGAAAAAUUAAUAAUUUGUUGUCAUGGAAACAGAGAUCAUGUGCAAACUGUUGGAAACCAUAUAAUUUUUUAUAUAUGCAAAGCUAUUUAUUGUAUAGAAAGAUGCUUAUCUGUUGUUUCCCCCCCAUCUUUGUCUGACUUCCAGAUGUUUGAAUAGUUUUCUACUUUCCUAUAAAGUAUUGGGUUUUUGCCUUGUGCAUUCGUUUCUGAAUUUUUAACUCUGAAUCUGUUCUUAUGUGCUAAUUUACAGUUGUUUAAGAUUUCUCCUUCACUUUUCAUUGUAAUUUCAAAUGAAAUGAUGAAUAUUGUUAAAGAUCAUCCUUUGGUGUAAACUAAUUGAAAUGCCUCAUCUCCAUGGGUCAUGUAACAUUGUUUUACAAUGUUAAAGUGGAGUCAUAUAUUUGUUUUGGCACAAUUUUUAUCAAUAUUUUAUUUCUACCAGUAUUGUGUAAAUAUGAAUCAUUAGUUUGUUAAUAUAUUAUACAGUUAAUGUAACAAAACUGGCUAUGUUUUUACCGUUGUACAAAAGAACAGAUUUUAUUUACAAAAACUCUGCACAAAAUAUGAUUUGUACUAUUUAGUAGAAUUCUGUCACAAAAUAUAGCUAAGAUCGUUGCCAUACAAGUGUACAAAAUUUUUUAUUAUAAUUAACAAUUGUGCAAAAGAGUUCUGAUGAUAACGUUGAACAUUCUGUAGCUUUCUUAUGAAGAAUUCUUCCUUGCUUAAUCAAAGAAUGUAUGAUUGAAAACAGAGAGAGAGAGAAAGGGAGAGAGAGAAAGAUGGAUUGAUCAUGCUACAUAUUGGGAGAAAGGGAUACCCCUCCCCUUUCUUCUACUUGACUGUUGGUUUACAUUUCUAUGUUGAUAUUUUAUACAUGACAAUAUUUUAAUCUAGGAAGUUGUAAAUUUUAUGAAGUGGUUGAAAAUUUCUUGUUGAGAUAUUUUUUUUACAUAUUGUGACUGAGACAAUGUUUUAGGUUGUUAAGAGUCUCCAGGUUGUAACAGAAACGUGGGCAUACAUUUUAUUCUUCUAUUUAUGUGAUUCACUAACUGCUGUUUCAUAUCUGAUCUAAUGGGGGAAGAUAAACAUCCACGAAUUUAGGAUCCGUAAGAUUCUUACACAUUAACUUUUCAGAAGAACAUAACUUCCAUUUUCAGAAUUUUGAAGUCAUCCACAAAACAAAAUAAAAUAUUUCAUUUAAACUGAUAACUUUGUAGGACAUGGCCUGAAUUAACCAAUCAGCUUGAUUCUUUCUUCUGAUAAAGCUAGGGAGCAGUCAUUAUUCUGCAUUUGUUGACACUAGGUGGUGCUGCUGAGAGUGAAGAGUGAGUAGCAUUUAAUUCUUGAACCUUGAUCUCAGAUGUAUAAUAAGCAUUGUAUUUGUCAUUCGAGCAUUGAACCUCACCGAUUCACCAGACCCACUUGUACACAUCACCUGUCCCUGUCCGCUGUACGCCAUUACAACUAUGCAUGAUGUUCUCUGUAUUCUGUUGGAUCUGUGUACAUAUAUCAUGAAAUGUGUAAUCAUUGCAUGCUGAAGUAUAAGCUCUAUAUCUACAUGUACACCAUACUAUACCAUUACGACCCCCACCCCGCCCCCUCCAUUCUGUUUGAUGUGAUAAACAUUGAUCCUGUCACCUGUAGAGUAAUACAAACACCCCCAGCUCUUGUACAGAGUCAGGAAUGUUCUAGGAUUAUUCAUUGUUUUAUAUCAAGGACAUGAUAUCUUGCCUUCUACCAAACCAGUGGACCUUUCACUGUCCAUCGUAUUCUAUGCAAGUACAGACUGCGAGCUGUAUACCAACUGUUGAGUUUCUAAGGUUCCUUCUUUUUGUGGAGUGAAUGUGAGGUUGUCAUACCAACGCCUGAUUCCCUGAUGUUACCGAUUCCAUUUGUUUAUAGGAAGUUUUACAAAUUCAAAAGUGACACCAUAUGCAAUCAAAAAGUUUGGGGAGGGAAUGGUUAACUGGCAGAUAAAUGAUGAAACUUUUCAAAGAGAGAACUUACUUGAUUGAGAACACGGAGCUGGGUGAUAUCUGACACUACAUCAGGUGAUGACACUACAUCAGGUGGUGACACUGCAUCAGGUGGUGUCACACUGCAUUAGGUGGUGUCACACUAAAUCAGGUGGUGACACUGCAUUAGGUGGUAUAGGAGAAUUCAGUGGAAUCAGGGGUUGGUAUGAUGGCUGACAGAAAAGCCAUCUAAUGAUGCUGCAUUUGUAUAUCUCCAUUAGUAAGUCUUUUGGUGCAUUUUAUUAUAACCUUUAUAUUUUUGUGUAUUUUAUUACAAGACGUAUAUGUUUAUGCAGAUUUUUCGCCCCCACCAGUUGCUCUCUAGUGCCUUUGUGUAAACUUGCGUCCAAUUUAGCACUGGUGAUACCAAACAUCCAAGUUUAGAAAAAAAAAUGCAUGGAUAUUUUUAUCUCGCAUAUCUAUGUUACAUUUCUCAAUGUUGUUGAGAUGUAAGGAUCAUUUUAGUGAGGAGGAAAGUUGAUUAAAUUUCUUCUGUACAUAAUCAUAAGACUGUUUACCAUGAACAAUGUUAGAUUUAUAGUAUUGUACCAGUUGGAGUUAAGAUCAAUUUUAACUUUGUCAUAGACAAAACAAAAAAGAUAGUGUUUAUUUUUAGACAUGAUGAAAUACUUGCCCACGUGGUGGAUGGGCCUGGUGCAUUUGUACUGAAUACUUACAUAUUUUUAUUGACUCUUACAGAUCAUUUGUUACAUAGUACAAUAAUUAACGUGUUUUGUAAUAUUGAGCUGUACAGCGUUUAUGCUUCGUUGGAGAAUGGUUUAUCCUACCUGGUUACACAGGUAAUGUUUUUUUGUAUAAAAUGACAGAAAAAAUACAGAUAAUAAAACAAUGAGAUAUACAA